UGAGUCUAAUGCAAAAAGGAGAGGAGGAGAGAGUGGGCGGUGAUCCUGACACGUGAACGCUCCCGCAGGAGCACAUCCAUCCAUCCGUCUCCUCCAACUAUAGUGUGCAGUCCUGGAGCCAGAGGAAAAGUGGAGGGGAGAGGAAUUUAGGGGGCAGUUACUGGCCAGAGCGGCAUUAAGGCACUUCAAAGAGAGGAUAGGGAAAACUUGCCUUAACAUCGGGAUGUUUUUCUCUUAAUGUUGACAACACGGCACAUAUAAACCUCGCUUAGUAAGUUCGGGAUACUUGGGGCGCAAUGGCUGACCAGCUGAGUUUCAUGAAUCACUCGGAUCAGGGCUCCAGCAGCGAACGAAGCGACGAUUCACCGUCUGCCGCGUCCGAGGAUGAUUCAAGCGGCCACUGCGGCCACAUCUCCCCGCCUGACCCAGACUGGACCGAGGAGAGGUUUCGAGUGGACCGCAAGAAGCUGGAAACUAUGUUACUUGCAGCCAGUGAGGGGAGGAUAAAUGGAGGAGAGGAUUUUUUUAAAAAGGUUAUGGAUGAGACCAACACUCAAAUUGCCUGGCCAUCCAAACUGAAGAUCGGAGCCAAGUCCAAAAAAGAUCCACAUAUUAAAGUAAGUGGCAAAAGGGAAGAUGUGCGAGAGGCGAAGGAGAAAAUAAUGUCCGUUCUUGACACAAAGAGUAAUCGUGUGACUCUGAAGAUGGAUGUAUCGCACACAGAGCACUCGCAUGUGAUCGGGAAAGGAGGAAAUAACAUCAAACGAGUGAUGGAUGAGACGGGCUGCCACAUACAUUUCCCAGACUCUAACAGACACAGUCAGGGGGAGAAGAGUAACCAGGUGUCAAUAGCAGGGCAGCCGGCUGGCGUCGAAGCAGCGAGAGUUAAAAUACGAGAAUUACUCCCAUUGGUGCUGAUGUUUGAAUGUAGUGGGGUGGUGCAGCAGGUGGACUGCAGCUCUCCUGUAGUUCAGCAUAUCUCUCACACGUACAACGUCUCCAUCUCCUUUAAACCACCCUCCCGUCUCUAUGGCAACACCGCCAUCGUCCGUGGCAACCAGAACAAUGCUAAUGGCGUUAAGCGUGGUACGGCUUUGUUAUUGGAGCACCUCGCUGGGUCUUUGGCCAGCUCGGUGCUGGUAAGCACACAACUGGACAUCGCACCCCAGCACCACCUCUUUCUUUUGGGCCGGAAUGGUGCAAACAUCAGGCUCAUCUCCCAGCGCACGGGAGCUCACAUACAGUUCCCAGAGCUCAACACGCACUCUCACUCUCCCACUCAGACUAGCCGCUCCGCCAUCUAUAUACAGGGAAGCAUCGACGCCGUUUAUGCGGCUAGACAGCAGCUGAUGGGCUGCUUGCCAUUGGUGUUAAUGUUUGACAUUAAGGAAGAGACGGAGGUGGCGUCUCAGGUCAUCAAUACACUCAUGGAGCAGCUAGACGUCUUCAUCAGUAUUAAACCUAAACCAAAACAACCCAGCAAGUCUGUAAUAGUGAAGAGCGUCGAAAGGAAUGCUGGGAAUAUGUAUGAGGUACGAAGGAUCCUCCUGAGUCUGGAGUCCAGCUACAUCGCCUCUUCUAUAUGUAACGUCGCUGUUAAUGGACAUAAUCCCACUUCCCCUCCUCUGAUUGGCUCAGUUGGACUGGACACUCUAGCCUCAGCUGGACUGAGGCUAAGCACUCUGGCUGGUCUUCUAAGCUCAUCAGUGAGCCCCAUUUCUAAUGGCUCCCCCGUCCCGAACUGUGUUCUUAAUGGACACGGCUCGGUGUUAAACAUCCAGAACGGAGCAGUAAACAAUUCGCAGCACAUUCACACAAGCUCACACACACACUCGCAUGUUCCCAGUCACACAGCUUCAUUAUGGGCCAGUGCUCUCAGUUCAGCAGGUAACACAGCAGGGUUUUCCUCAGAUCUGAUAUUGCAGUCAGUGUCUCAGUCGACUCUCAGCGGACUUCUGCUCUCUGGGGUCCAGAAUCAAACACACAAUCACACGCCCUCCCCGCCACCUGGACUCGCACCAAUACACAAACCAGCCAGCGCAGAGCAUCUCAAUGGACAUCUCGCUAGUUCUGUGUACGGACGAAUUUCCUCUGUAUCGCUUAACCCCGCCCACUGUGACACGUCCCAGGAAGUCAUUGGACACAGCCAAUCAGAGUCCAUGUCCAAUAAAUCUACGGAUGAAGGCUCAGACACAUUUGUUGAAGUGGGCAUGCCCAGGAGCCCGUCUCACUCAGCCAAUGGGAAUGAGCUAAAGCAGAUGCUGGCCUCUUGCACGACAUCUUCGGGAAAACGACAAACGGUGGAACUUCUUCAGAGAACCAAGAACUCACUUCUGCAUGUGGAGUGUGUGUUGGCAGAUUCAGACUGUGAGAACACAAUGGCUGAUAAAAGAGCACCAGGAAGUGAGAGAGCUGCCGAAAGAAGACUAGCCCCUCAUAUACAGGCUUUUGACUAUGAAAAAAAGAAGCUUCUAGCUACUAAAGCCAUGUUAAAGAAGCCAGUUGUGACUGAGGUUCGGACUCCAACAAAUACCUGGAGCGGGUUGGGCUUCUCCAAAUCAAUGCCAGCCGAGGGCAUGAAAGAGCUCCGCAGGGCAAACCAUGUGCCAUAUAAGCCCAGCAUGAGCACGACAUAUGAGGACUCUCAUCUGUCUGUGUCACACUCUGGAAGUCAAGAAAGUUUGAGUAACGGCACUGAAUCUGAUAACUGGGGAGAUCGUAAUGGAAAUGUUAACAUCAAUGGAAACGGACUUUCGGGAAACUCAGAAUUUUCUCCUGCUGUCAGCAGCCCGAAGAGAAUUAAGAACAAAUCUAUAGGUGAGCAGUAUUUGAGCAGCAGUAAUUAUAUGGACAGUAUCUCUCUUUCGGGCAGUAAUGGCUGCUCGCUCAGUUCCUCUUUUAAAGGAACAGAUCUCCCUGAGCUCUUCAGCAAACUCGGCCUCGGCAAAUACACGGACAUCUUCCAACAGCAGGAGAUUGAUCUACAAACGUUUGUCACACUGACGGACCAAGAUCUGAAGGAACUGGGAAUUACGACAUUUGGCGCACGCAGGAAAAUGUUAUUGGCGAUCUCAGAGCUGAAUAAGAGCAGGAGGAAGCUCUUUGACACGCCCAACAUUCGCUCCUCCUUCCUAGAUGGUGGGGCUAGCGGUCGCCUGUCACGUCAAUUCCACACAGACAUGGCGAGUGUCAGCGGUCGCUGGUGAUGUCUCGCAGGCGUCCGUUGCCUCCAUGAGCUUCAACCAUAAGUUCAGCCAGCCAUCUGUGGAACACAAACCACUUGAACUUAUUUUUACUGGACUCUGGUUGCUAUGGAAACCCAAAAUGAGAUGCUAGUUAAUACAUGAAAGGGAAAUGAUUCAAUAUUGCUUAGGAGGAAUGUGUCAUUAAUAUUGUCUUAAAUUUACUUUCGGUCACCAGGCAAAGCGCAGAGAUAAAAAACUAACCGUACUGUUAGCAAGCACUUCAGUAUCGGUGUCUAGCACUUUAACCUUUAAACUCUGCUGUUUUUGCCUGUAGGUUGUACGCAUAUUCUGUUUUUUUUUCUGUCUAUUCAGUGCCAAAGUUAAACACAUGCACUUAUUUAGCGUGUCACACACACAAAGAUUGCAGUAUUGUUGUAUUUUAAAGACAUUUUAUUUUAUAGUUGCAUUAUGUUUUCAUAUUUUUAUGUUAAUCUUUUAAGAGGCAUUAUCAGUUUACAUUUAUUUUAUAUUUCAUUUGGUACAGCUUUUCGGUUGACGUUAUUUGUUUAUUGUUUAGAUUGUGGUCUCCUUAAAGGGACACUCCACUUUUUUGGAAAAUGUACUCAUUUUCCAGCUCCCCUAGAGUUAAAGAUUUGAUUUUUACCGUUUUGGAAUCCAUUCAG